AUGGAACUCUACAUCCGUUCUUUGUCUAUUGAAGAUCUAGAUCAAUGCGCAACUGUGGAGUCUGCGGCCUUUCCACCUGGGGAAGCUGCGACUCGUGAAAAAAUCGAGUAUCGCUUAUCUGUUUGUCCUCAUAUAUGCUACGGGUUAUUUGUCCGGCAUGGGACAAGUACCCCAGAAGGAUGCAGACAACAAGGAGAUAUCCCAGUCUUGACCAAAGCGCCUGACAGUUGCGGCAGUGACCGGCUCAUUGCACACACCAUUGCCACGCAGUCAAUCUCCCGGGCUGUCAAGGAUGGAGACAUGGCCUGCCCAGUAAACUGGAAGACGGAUCACACGGCUAUGCACUGCGUCGGCCAUAGACCUGAGGGCAGAACCAUUGCGCUGCAUUCGCUUGCCGUUUCGCCGUCUUGGCAAAGGCUAGGCUAUGGCAAGAAACUCAUUUCAAUCUACAUUAAAGAGAUGAUGAAGAUUGGGCAGGCGGACAGAAUUUCAAUUCUUACUUAUGAUAGGCUGGUACCCUACUAUCAGCAGUUGGGAUUUACAGACUUUGGCAAGAGUCAGUCUGAGUACGCAGGUGUCGUUUGGCACGAUUUGACUUUCGAGUUCCGUCAUAUAUAA